CGUAAAGAAGUCGAUACACUGGCGGCCAUAUUGUACCAUAGCAACAGAAGUAAAUGGAAGGACAGUGAUAGUUUUAUCAUUGUUUUUAUCCAGGAUAAUUCAACUAUAGAGAAGGAUAUAUGCAUGGCAGUACAGAUGAAGGGUUAGUGUAAUAUCCAGCUUAUUGAAAAAGCUCACUGAAAAAAAAAUCCAAGGGAAAAAAUACAAAGAUGUAUGACCGAGCACCUAGAGAUUUGGUUGCCCUUUAUGGAUCCACACCUCACAAUGUGGGGCCUGGCUCUUACGAUGCUGCAUUUACUGGCAAGGGCAGGAUAAAAGCUGAUGGCUAUGCCCCAUUCUUGUCUAUGACCAGUCGGGAUGGUUUCUUCAAUAUCCGAGACCAGGUGGUUGCAGCCCCUGGACCAGGUCACUAUGACCCAUCUCUUGCUCAGGAUAUGAUCAAGGGUGGUAAAACAUUAGCCAACAAAUCUAAGAGGUUCGCCGAUUCUGUCACAGACAAUCCUGGCCCAGGAACAUACAGUGUUGACAAGUACACAGAGUUUAGGACAUCAAAGUCUGCUCCAGUGCAGGGAAGUAAGGACAAGUCUGGCGCACUUUUAUCCAGCAGAAUUAAGUUCCACAGGAAGCCCGAAGCACCCUCUAUACCUAUGUCAGGUCAGGCAUACGGGUAUGAAGAGUGUGACGAUGGGACAUUGAAGAAACAGGCACCUCCUGACCGUGAUGUUAGUUUGGGUCCCGCAUUCUACAAGCCCAGCAGUGAGGUCACAAAACCUACAAAGAAUUACAAAGGCGUACAUUUUGGAAAGUUGACCUCCAAGCGGUUGGAUCUGAGUGUGGGUAAACAUGGGCCUGGUCCAGGGGAAUAUGAGCCGUACCGGGAAAUUGCGGCCAAGGUUGAAAAUGUUAAUGCAGAGGAACCACAACAUGUCAAGUUUGAGGCAAGGAUUCCACGGUACCAUGAAGCUAUAGUCAAGGAUGAAGAAAAAAGGGCUGUUCCAGGUCCUGGGAAGUACGAUUCCAAAGGCUUGUUUGAUGCAGAGCCUCCAAAAUUGAAUACAGAGGGCAUAGAGGUGGAACACCCUCCCUUUAUGUCCCAGUCCAAGGACAAUUUGGUUGGCUACAAAGUCUACCUCAUCUCCACCUUCCUCACUGUAGGACAAGGGUUGGCUACAAAGCCUGCUUCAUCUCCACCUUCCUCACUGUAUGACAAUUGGGUUGGCUACAAAGCCUACCUCAUGUCCAACUUCCUCACUGUAGGACAAGGGUUGAUUACAAAGCCUGCCUCUUGUCCACCUCUUUUACAUUAUAAAGAGGGUUGGCCACAAAGCCUGCCUCAUCUCCCCCUUCCUCAAUGUCCGGGAGCAUACAACAUUACAGGUAUGGGUUCAGACAGUAUGAGGAAGGCUUAUAUUGAGAGCACACGUAAGGGAGUGUUUGGUACGACUUCUUCCAGAAUCAAGACGAUGACAAAGAAGGAUGAAGUGGAGAUCCCUGGCCCAGCCCACUACCAGGUCAAGGAAAAACCUUUCAAAAACAGAUACCCUAACCUGUCUUCGACCUUCGCCUCUGUGACCUCUCGCCUCAACGAGGCCCCAAGUGUCGUCAAGGAGUUACCUCCCCCUGGAUCAUAUGAGGUACAAGAUGCUUAUGAGAAAUCUCAAAUCAAGAGAGACAGAAUUAAACCGAGAACAGAGAAUGCCAAGAGGAAGCAGGGGUCGUUCCUGUCAGCAGCAUCUAGAUUUGCACCACCAAGGGAUGUGGUCGUUUCACAAAAUGAUCCUGAAAAUCCAGGUCCAGGAGCCUACCAGCAUACUGAUGCCAUCAAUAAGAAGGGUGGGCUGAUGGUGACCAAAGACAAGAGAUUCAAGGAGAUCAAGUCAGAAGGCCCCGGCCCAGGAACUUACGAGUUUUCACCGCUGGUCCAGGACACGGUACUCCAGGGAACGUUUAACGCCACCCUCAACAAUCCCAUAGCCACACAGGUGGACACUGCUAUCCACGCCACCAACUCUGCAAAACAUGCUUUCCUCCUCGGGGUGUGACCCUGCCCCCAAACAACACCCUCAGACAGACAUCUUGUGAUACACCAAGUUCUUAACAUGCUUUAUUGGAAAGAAGAGAAGAUUGUAUCAGCUUUUCAGAAAACAAUGAAACAGAAUUGCUGAUGGAAUCAAGAAAAGCGUUGCUGGAGAAGUUGGGGCAUUAGAAGAACUGUAAUGAUGUAUUCCUGUAUUUUAUACCAGAAACAUGUCUGUGUUGUGAAAGUAACAUAUAUGUAUGAAUGAAAAUGAUUUUUUAAAAGUAAAUUACAGAAACGUAAAGUCUACACUACAGUAUUGAUAGCUCAUGCUGAGCACUUAAACUGCUGAGUUUGUACCAUUUCACACUCUAUCUGUAUAACAUAGGGGUUCUGUGAUAAAAUCCUCUUCUCUGGUAAUCUUCUCACAUUUGUAAAUAUGUCUUUGUCUUAGAUGAAUAAUUGAUUCUCUCCUACCUAAGAUAAUUCCCCAAUGCUUGCAGCAUUUUAGUAAUGUGUUUUAUUAAAGAGGCACUUCGCGAGAUUAUUCUUUUUUAUCAAUUAAUGCUUUUAAGUUGUGUAAUACAAAUAUUAUACAUUUAGAAAUCUCUUUUAUAGCAGCAAGUAAACUGGCUAUAAACUUACUUAAACUGUUAUAUAUUAAUUUUCUUCAACUACAUCAUCACAUGAAAAUAUCUUACAUUCUCAUAAAUGUCCAUUGCCCACAUAGUAAGUAUUUCAUUGGUAACAGGCCGUUACUACUGAGUAAUCACACGGUCUUACCCUUGUACAUUUGUAUAAGCAACUUGUGUCUGUGAUAUUUUGUACGAUUUUUGUGUUUUUAAAUUAUAUUCUUGUGUAUCACUGUAAUUAAAACCAGUGUUUAUGACAUGUAGUGUCCCAGGGAUGAGGGUUCAGCCAGGUUGUGGUGUCAGAUGCUGGCAUCACUAAGGUAUCACUGGAAGGUUUCAUACAACUUAAUACACAGUACAAUCAGGACAUUGGAACAAUCCUGUAACACAUCCAGUUUAAAACCCAAACAUCAAACCCAAAAUUUUGAUACUCUAAUUUUGUAUACCACUUUUUGAAAUUUUAUU